AUGAGGGUCUCAUCGGAAUUCAUGGACCUCCCUGCUCCCGAUAUCAAUCCGGAGCGCCCCCAAAACGUCUAUGAGGGCAACAUAUUUGACCAUGAAAGCGUCUCCGAGGCGAUCCAACCACUGUCAUCACACCCGGAACUUAUGGCUGACAAUUUAUCCUGGGGAAUUUGGGGAUCACCAGCACCGCCUCAGGAAGAGGCCGUUUGGACAACAGCUGGGGCUACGGAAACGGAUAGAAAUGCCAGCACUGCCCUAGAUUCAAAUCGAACUCGAUCUGGCCGCCGUAUUACUCAACCAACUGUUCGACAAGCUGAGCCUGUGACAAUCAAAGGGCCUGUCAAAGUGGCAGCUAAAAAGCGGAAGCGUCCGAACCGCCAGGUCAAUAUAGUUUGUACCGCCUGUUACAGAGGACACAGCCCCUCGAACAAUUUGAUUGUUCUAUGUGACUCAUGUGAUGCUCCGUGGCAUCAGAAAUGCCACAGUCCAAACAUUCAUAAUGAGGUUAUCGAAAUUUCGGAGAUGAAUUGGUUUUGCAUCAAGUGUAAACCUGAGCAACGUCAGGCAGCCCAGACCAAAUAUCAAAAGAAUGGUGCAACGAAAUUGAAAAAAGUCGAACGACCGAAGAAGCAGCCUGUGUCUGAACCUCAAAUUGGUGGAAAUUAUUAUCCAGAGGAGGAACGACGGGCGUAUCUGUCAUCUCUUUCGCAUGAUUCGCUAGUCAAGCUUAUAGUGAGAGUCUCAAACGAGUGGCCGUCGGUUCCUAUGUUUCCCCGGGACAUGCAACCCGUGACAGAUUUCACUCUGUCACCUUCUGCGACACCACACAAUAAUCGGGUUUCCAAACCUACACUGAAGGAAAACGUUCGUUCUGCAUUACUUGAUUGGGAAAAUCAGGAACCAUCAUUCAAGAACGCUAGCGACAUGGGUUUAAACCAACAGAUCGGCAAGAAUUCUAAUACCGCAGCCCCCAAUGCUACUUCCAUGAAUCCCGAAGAACUCUUUGCUGCAAUGGUUUCCGAUACGGCUCCCAAUCCUGCUUCCCCGGCGGCUCUUGGUGGCAUCGCUGCGGGCCAGGUUUCCACCGGAAUUCCUCACACGCAUGCUUCCACAACUGCUCCCCAGACUACAACAACAACUUCCCAGACGCCUUCCAGAGCCACGCGCAGAUUUACAUCGCAUGCUGCGCCUGCAGGUGCACGUGCUCGCAAGGCCUCUUUCGUUUCUUCGAACUCUGACCUGCUCACCGACGACGAGUCAUCAUACUCCCAAUCCCCCACUCCGUCUCCAUCUCAGUCCUCACAAGUUGGAUCCCAGCAUGAAUCGGAUUAUGACCCUGGAGAUUACCGCGCCUACCCCGAAGCUGGUCAAGGCUUCCAGGUGCCGUCGACCCCGAGCGAUCUUGACAUCAUGGCUGAGGAUAAGAAUUGCCUUACCUUCAGUCAUUCUAUCCGGGGCUCAGCGAAGCAGGCUCAGAAUAAGAAGCCUUCUUCGGCGUAUGCAGUGGUGAUUGAUCCCGAUCUUGUUCUGGUUUAA